AUGGAGAAUGUGUUCAACACCAGCACCAGUUUUAUCCUCCUUGGUAUCGAGGAGAUGGAACAUAAUAAAUAUCUGUACUGUGCGUUUCUGCUCAUUACCUACCUACUCAUUCUGCUGUUUAGCUGCUUGAUCAUCUCUGUGGUUCUGCUGGAUGAAAGCCUCCAUUGCCCCAUGUACACUCUCAUAGCCAACCUCAUGCUAAAUGGCAUAUUUGGGGCUUCCUGCUUCCUCCCCAAGUUAAUACUGGACUUGUUCUUCUCAUCCAAAGUGAUCUCCAGAGCCGCCUGUUUCAUCCAGUCCUUCUGCGUUACAAUUUUCGCCUACUUUGAAAUUGCGGCUUUUACCAUCAUGGCGUAUGACACCUACUUAGCUGUGUGCCACCCAUUACGGUAUCCCACCCUAAUGACCAACAAAACUGCCUUGAACCUCAUUGUUGGAUCUGUGGUCUUCAACGUCAUCUUUGUGCUGAUCAGUGUCCUUCUUUCUGCCCGACUCCCUCUUUGUGGCUCUCAUAUUAACAAUUAUUUUUGUGAUAACAUGUCCAUCUUCAUCCUGUCCUGCGUCGAUAGCUCUGUCAAUAGGUUAUACGGCACAGUCAAGUUUGUUGUUUAUCUGAUGGUCGCCAUGAUAAUCAUAGCCUACUCCUACAUGCGGAUUCUUCUCAUCUGCCUUAAUAUUUCCGGAGACUCCGGUAAGAAAGCCAUUCACACGCUGGUGACCCACCUACUGAAUUUUUCCAUUUUCCUGAUAGGAGCCCUGUUUAUAUUUAUCCGAUACAGACUGGAGAGCAUUAACCUUCCUCUUGUUUUUCACAUUUUGCUCUCGGUUACUGGCUCGGCCUUUCCUCCUCUUCUCAAUCCCCUCGUGUAUGGAAUAAGGACAAAAGCACUGAAAGCAAAAGUGAUUUCUCACCUAGAAAAACUUAAGGUUAAUAAAUAUAUCUGA